AUGCCCGAGAAAGUCCGCACUGUCUUUGUUGACUCUGACGACGAAAAGGUCGUGUCUAAAAAGACUACAGCGCCACCUACCGAAGAGCCGGCGCGGAAGAAGAGGAGAGAUAACAAGCGAAAGCGCGAUGAGCCCGAGACCAAUGGCGCUGUUCAAGAGAAACCAACUGAAGCCCCUGCGCCCGUGCAGGUAGAAAAGGCCGACAAUACACCUGAAAAACCAGAAGAAAAACCCCAAACCAAUGGCGCAUCAUCGAAAUCAAAGCCGAAACACAAGACCAAAUCCCUUACCGACACAAAAACCAACUUCAUAUCUCUACGAGAGAAGGCAAAGGCCCUUCUUGAGACCCGUCGCAAUCUACCUAUCUUCGCAAAUGCCGAUGAGAUCCGCACCUACCUCCGCGAACAAGAUGUGAUGCUGCUGGUUGGUGAAACCGGUAGCGGAAAGAGUACCCAAAUCCCACAGUUCCUGGUGGACGAGUUCUGGUGUCGGCCUGUGCCAACGCAAAUCACACGCAAUGGGAAGACAGAUAAGAAGCAGAUUGGAGGGUGUAUUGCGAUCACACAGCCUCGUCGUGUCGCUGCAAUCUCACUGGCCCGGCGUGUAGCUGAGGAAAUGGGCACACCACUUGGAAAUCAUUCGCCUGCUAGUAAGGUCGGGUACUCCGUGCGAUUCGAUACUUCGACAUCGCCUAGUACUCGGGUGAAAUUCUUGACAGAGGGAAUGCUGCUCCAGGAAAUGCUUCAUGAUCCAUUUUUGACUAAAUACAGCGCUAUCGUUGUCGAUGAGGUCCACGAACGAGGUAUCAACGUGGAUUUAGUGCUUGGAUUCUUGCGCAAUCUUGUGGCUAGCAAAUUCGAAGGUCGUGGUGGUGUUCCGCUCAAGGUGGUAGUCAUGAGUGCUACGGCGGACAUGGAGAGUCUGACUGGAUUUUUCCAAGAAGCAUAUAAGCUUCCUGAGCCAGCCCCGAAGUCCAUCGAGAAUGGAACAGAAGCCGAUAAAAUGGACACCUCUGAUUCGAAAGAGAUUGCCGCAUGCCAUAUCAAGGGUCGGCAAUUCCCUGUCAAGACGAUCUAUUCGCCCCAGCCAGUGCAUGACUUUGUGGAUGCAGCUCUAAAGGUCAUUUUCCAGAUUCAUUGCAAGGAGCCGAUGCCUGGUGAUAUCUUGGUCUUCCUGACCGGUCAGGAGACAGUGGAGGCCUUGGAACAUUUGGUGAACGAGUAUGCCUUGGGUAUGGACCCGACGCUUCCCAAGAUUCAAGUUCUACCUCUAUUCGCCGCAUUGCCACAGGCUGCUCAGCAGCGGGUGUUCAUGCCAGCUCCACCACGCACACGAAAGGUCGUAUUGUCCACCAAUAUUGCUGAGACUUCAGUCACUGUGUCAGGUGUGCGCUACGUCGUUGACUGUGGCAAGGCCAAGGUCAAGCAGUUCCGUACUCGACUUGGUUUGGACUCGCUCCUUGUCAAGCCCAUCUCCAAAUCAGCCGCCAUCCAGCGAAAGGGCCGUGCCGGUCGUGAAGCUCCUGGACAAUGCUUCCGGCUAUACACUGAAAAAGACUAUCUCGCCUUGGACGAGACCAAUACCCCCGAAAUUCUUCGAUGCGAUCUGAGCCAAGCGCUUCUGAACAUGAAGGCGCGUGGUGUUGACGACAUCGUUAAAUUCCCAUUCCUCACCCGGCCACCCCGCGAAGCCCUUGAGAAGGCUCUUCUCCAGCUUCUCAAUAUCGAGGCUCUGGAGGAGACAGGCACGAUCAGUAACGUUGGUCAACAAAUUGCCAAGUUGCCCUUGACACCAACCCUGGGUCGUGUCCUAUUAGCAGCUGCCGAGAACGGACCAGAAUGCUUGAUUGAUGUCAUUGACAUCAUUUCCUGUCUGAGUGUCGAGAACAUCUUCCUUAACACAACGUCCGAAGAAAAGAAAGAAGCUGCAGAGGCAGCACGUCGCGAUCUCUACCGCCGAGAAGGUGACCAUUUAACAAUGCUGGCGACCGUGCGUGUCUACGCCGCUGAGCACUCUGACCGUAAGGCCUGGGCAGAGCGACAUCUAGUCUCACACCGAGCAAUGCAAUCCGUUAUGGACGUCCGCAAACAACUCCGAAUGCAGUGUCGGCAAGCAAAGCUCCUCUCUGGCGAACUUUCCAACUCUGUCUCUUCACACGAUCCUUCUCCUAUUCUCAUCCUCCAAAGUUUCCUUGCAGGUUUUGCAACUAAUACCGCCCGUCUCGUCCCCGACGGUAGCUACCGCACUAUUGUCGGAAACCAGACGGUUGCUAUUCACCCAUCCAGUGUACUGUAUGGAAAGAAGGUCGAGGCCAUCCUGUACAAUGAGUUCGUGUUCACCAACCGCAGUUAUGCUCGUGGUGUCAGUGCUGUGCAGAUGGACUGGGUCGGUGAAGCUCUGGUUGGGAAGGAGUGA